AACAGAGACCAUUUCUGUCCCCAACAAACUCAUACUAAGAACAUAUGAAAUAUUUUGACUGAAUCAAUUCAGUUUUCUUGAUAUUUUUAAUGGAAAGGCGUACUUGGGGAGGAUCCAGCUUGGCAUCCAAAGAAACACCCAACUUCAGCAACGAAACAGGCUCUAACCAAUCAAACCUCUCUCUUCUGAGCGUUCGCCCAAUCAGCUUCGAGAGAGGUGGGCCGCUUUGGCUGUUGCUAGGGCAUGCCUCUUAUGGCUUCAGCCAAUCAGAUCGCACCAAGGAGGUGUAGACCGAUUCAUUGGUCUAGGCACACCCAGGAGACGACGGAAUACUUUUUUUAUUGGGCGGAGGUACUAUCACUCACUUCCCUGAGUUAGGUGCUGUUGUUAGUGUAGUUUGGAGUCAUCUCGACUCAGAAGUGAACAUAGCAGGGCGCUUACACCGCUCUAACAGAGUUUUUACACGGUCAUUACACCAUUUUAUGAACUGUACAUUAGUGUAAAUAGACUAUUUUUAUUUUUAUAUAAAGACAACAAGAAGAUGGAACUUAACUCUCUUUUAAUUCUACUGGAGGCUGCAGAGUACUUGGAAAGAAGAGACAGAGAGGCAGAGCACGGUUAUGCCUCUGUUUUACCCUACACCAACGACUUUUCUCGAAAGAAAACGAAAGUCUCUACAAUGUCCAGAAAAACUCAAAACAAUAGAUCGUCACACAAUGAGCUGGAGAAACACAGACGUGCCAAACUGCGGCUCUACUUGGAGCAGCUGAAGAAACUGGUGCCUUUGGGGCCAGACAGCACGAGACACACCACUCUGAGUUUGCUCAAAAGGGCCAAGAUGCACAUCAAGAAGCUGGAAGAACAAGACAAGAAGGCUUUAAAUGUGAAGGAGCAGCUCCAGAGAGAGCACCGCUACCUCAAACGCCGCCUGGAGCAGCUCUCUCUGUCGGGGUCGGUCGAGCGCAUCCGCACCGACAGCAUGGGCUCCACCAUUUCUACUGAUUCAGAACAAGAGGUGGACAUCGAGGGCAUGGAGUUCACCCCGGUGGAAGCCGACAGCGUGGACAGCAUCAGCGAUGGUGAGGAGGAGGAGGAAGAGGAGGAC